AUGGCAUCGUCAAAUACGUUCGGGGAGCUGGGUCUCUCUAUUAUCGGCUUAGGAGCUCAAUACCCUCCUUACUCCCUCAAAUCAGUUGAGGUGGACAAAAUCGCAAGAAAAUACUAUCCUGACUCUCCUGCUAUGCAGAAGGUGCUCUCAAUAAAUAGAUACACGGGUAUCGACACGCGCUCAUCUAUUGGUACCUCAGAUCAUCCGUCAGUAAACCUACGUGAAGCACCAUCAAUAGCAGAACUCCACAGAAUUUUCAUGUCAGAUGGUGUUCCGCUCGCCAUUGAGGCUUCUAGGAAAGCAAUUCUAGAAGCUGGGAUCGAUCUAUCUGAGAUUACUCAUAUAGUUUCAACAACGUGUACUGACAGUGCUAACCCCGGAUUUGAUCAUUUCGUUGCGAAGGGGUUGGGUGUCACCCACCAAGUAGAGAAGGUUUUGUUGCACGGAGUCGGUUGUGCAGGUGGAUUGGCAGUACUACGCACUGCUGCUAAUUUAGCUUUGGGUCACGCAAUGAGACGGAAAGCUGCUAGGAUUCUAUGUGUUGCUCUUGAAGUGAGCACAACGAUGGUUCGCAGCGAGCUGGACAGCAUUGACGAGUUCCAAGAAACGCGCAUUGGGGCUUGCUUAUUUUCCGAUUGUGCGUCCGCCUUAGUUCUCAGUAACGGAAUCGGACGGCCAACAGCCGAACCAAUCUACGAAUUACUUGGGUGGGAACACAAGAUCAUCCCCGAGACAGAGACCGAUCUUGGCUUUGACGUAGACCCGGUUGGCUGGAAGGUCAUACUCUCACCUCGAGUGCCAAAACUAGCAACCGAAAUACUGCGCCCAAGUUUCGUCGAUCUACUGGAAAAUGUUCCUGGUCUCCCUGCUGAAUGCAAAGAGGCAUCCGACUUUGAUUGGGCGUUGCAUCCAGGUGGCCUGACCAUCUUAACGGGUGCUGAAAAAGUAAUGGGUAUUUCGCCAGAGCACAUGCGCGCAAGUUAUGACCGAUACAUGAAUCACGGAAACUCGAGCUCGGCUACUAUUUUCAGCGUGAUGGACCGCCUACGAAGUAAAGAUAUGGACGCAAUGGCCCCUGGUGGCCGGGUCCGGGAUUAUGUGGUGGGGUGUGCCUUUGGCCCGGGAAUCGCCAUUGAGAUGUGCAUACUUAAACGCAAUAUGAGACACCGCGGGGCUGAUGCCGUCCUCGAGACAGAUAGCGAGGCUAGUAGGAGUGAGGCUGACGAGGAAACCGACUGGGCAAGCAUUGAGUCUCGGGAGUCGAUUCCAGGCACGCCUGGUUCCGCGAAUGCCCAAGCUGAACGAAAACCUACAUUAGGUGACGAUAUAUUCGUAAAAGAAGCGAUUGCUAGCGUCGAAUUGGAUUAA